AUGAGCAACGAUAAUAACAGUAGCAGCAAUGUUAAAAGUAUUGAUGAUUCGAAAAGCGACAUCUCUCGCUGUACAACUGGAAGAACCAGGUUCUUAGGAACCUUUGCUGGUAUUGGGAAUAAUUGCAAUAACAUGAUUGGAGCUGGAAUAUUUUCAAGUCCUGGUCUAGUUUUAAAUGAAAUUCAAUCUCCGGGGAUAGCAUUGAUUUUAUGGUUAGUGGGUGGACUUGCGGCCCUGUUUGGGUCGCUUUCUUAUGUCGAGUUAGGAAGUUCAAUACCGGAUGGAGGUGGAGAAACUGUAUAUUUGAGACAAGCAUAUCCGCAUCCACGAGCACUAUUUAGUUAUAUGUUUAGCUUUGCCAUGAUUGUGGCAAUACGACCAGCUUCAAUGUGUGCUAUCUCGAAUGUCUUUGCACAGUAUUUUUUAUAUUUAGUUAAGGCUAGUGAAGUUUGUGACAUUGAUUAUCUGCAUCCAACGAGCUAUAUGACUGAUUGGAGAUUUUGGGAGCUACGACUUGUUUCGUUAACUGCAAUAGUUCUAAUCACGUUUUAUCACAUGCUAUCCAAUAAGUGGUCGAAUCGUAUUAAUCAAGCGCUUACGAUUACAAAGAUACUGACAUUGCUUGUAAUAUCGAUCAUCGGACUGGCAACAAUUCCUCGAUUUAUUAAUGAUCCAAACACGAAUUGGAAAAAUAUGUUUCCCGAUUUGACUAUUAGUGCACGUUCUUUGGUUGCUGCACUUAUUCCCAUUUUAUUUGCAUACAAUGGAUGGAAUAACUUAAAUUAUACCUUGGAUGAAUUUGUCAAUCCAAAGGAAAACUUGCUCGUCUCAAAUAGUAUUAGCGUCGUUAUUGUUAUCGUGUUGUAUCUUCUUGCUAAUAUCGCAUACACAAAUGUACCAUUAUCAAAAAUAACUGGUCUUACUGAACCUUCAGAAAUCAUCGCUGGCCGCUUCGCUUACCAAGUUGGCGGCUUUGACUUAGCUCGUACAUUAUCUUUUUUCGUAUGUGUAUCAGCUUUUGGCGCAUUGGCUGCGAACGUAUUUGCUGGAUCACGAGUAAUUGUAGCAGCUGCUGCAAGAGAUUAUAUUCCCUUCUCGUCAUGGUUCCUAAAAUGGAAUGGAAACACGGACACUCCAAUAUUCGCAUUGCUAACACAAGCAGUUUGGUGUUCAUUGAUUGUUAUCUUUUAUCCACAUAAUGAUCCAUUUAAAUUUUUUAUUAAUUUGGGCCAACAUUGUAUGUGGGUAUUUCUAUGUUUGAGUGCUCUUGGAUUAUUGAUUCUGCGCUAUUCUAAACCCGACCUAGCUCGUCCAUUCAAA